AAUACCACUUCAUUCAAAAAAAAAAAAAAAAAAUCAAAUUAAUACCACACCACCACACCUUUCUCACCCACUCUCCUAUCUCCGUUGACUGUGUUGAUUGUCUACUCUGCCACGGUUCAUUUCCUCUGACUCCGAUCAUCUACUCUGGCUUAAAAUGGCUUCCGGCCAAUCAUCUCCUCUGGCCGAGCAUCGGAAGACUAUAACAUCUGAGUCUCCAGCCAAGAUCCUUCGACGAAUUCUGAGUUCACCAGGACUUCACCAAACCCCUGCUUGUUUUGAUGCUCUCAGUUCCAAGUUGGUGGAGAGAGCAGGCUUUAAUGUCGGUUUUACUAGUGGGUUCUCAAUAUCAUCUGCUAGACUGGGAAUGCCAGAUGCGGGACUUAUAUCUUAUGGAGAAAUAGUGGAACAGGGGAGACUUAUUACCGAUGCUGUGUCGAUUCCUGUAAUUGGGGAUGCUGAUACUGGUUAUGGCAAUGCCAUGAACGUGAAAAGAACUGUGAAGGGAUAUAUUAAAGCUGGUUUUGCUGGGAUUAUGAUUGAAGAUCAGGUACUACCAAAAGCUUGUGGUCAUACUCGAGGCAGAAAAGUGGUAUCGAGAGAGGAAGCAGUGAUGCGGAUAAGAGCAGCUGUUGAUGCUCGGGAGGAGAGUGGGUCUGACAUUGUUAUUGUGGCAAGGACUGAUUCUCGUCAAGCAGUGUCUUUUGAAGAAUCGCUCUGGAGAACAAGGGCCUUUGCUGAGGUCGGAGCAGAUGUUCUUUUCAUAGAUGCACUAGCUUCAAAAGGAGAAAUGAAGGCUUUUUGUGAAACUGCUUCCCAAAUUCCUAAACUGGCCAAUAUGCUGGAAGGAGGGGGCAAGACACCAAUACUUACUCCAUCUGAGCUUGAGGAUAUUGGAUAUAAGCUUGUGGUCUAUCCACUUUCUUUACUCGGGGUUUCUAUCAAAGCAAUGCAGGUUCUGUAUCUAAACCUUGUUGGUUCUCUAACAUUUUUUUCUUUUAGAACCAAAGAAAAGCACAAACAAUACAAAAUUGUUCUUUACCAUCAUUUACUGAUGCAACUCGUUCGAAUUUUCUUAAAAUAUUUAUUCAAUGUAUGUAAAACCUUGAAUUCACUGGUUCCUUCUGGUAUGAAAGUCCAAAUAUUUUCUUGAAUUGAUUUGUUCUCUGAUUGCCACAAUCCAGGAUGCUCUUAUCGGCAUCAAAAGUGGCCACAUUCCACCUGUUGGAACCAUGCCAUCUUUCGAAGAGAUAAAAGAGAUCGUCGGUUUCAACAAGUAUUAUGACGAAGAGAAUCGUUAUGCUACUAAGGACUAACAACCCGCUACCUUCACAAAGUGGUGAGUGAGAGACUUCAUAGAGUUUGGCCUUGGUUGGCAUAGCUUCCCAAAGCACUUUUCUUUGUUGUUUAUUAUAAAAGCUGUUUUGAUAACUGUUUGAAUAGAACAAUUCGAAGCGCUUAACACUGUCAUCUAUUAAGAGUACUUUUUAGAGAAGUCAAUGCGUGGUAAAUAAGUGCUUGUACAAAAAUCACAAGCCCAGACAAAUAAGCCUUUCAGCUAAACUGGUUAUGGAAUUGUCUUAAAAUUGGCAUUGGCUUUGCAUAAUUGCAUUGAUGGACAUUUCCACCUUA